CUGUGAUGCGUCUUCCUCUCGCCUCGGCUGCCAGUUUGGAUUGUAGCGCCCGGCUCUGUGCACUGAGAGGAUGGCUCGGUUUGGGGAUGAUCUGCCAACCCGCUAUGGAGGUGGAGGGCCGGCCGGGGCUGGAAGAGGGAGCAGCCGGCAAGGUGGCCCCCAAGCCGGCCAAAGGAUGUAUAAACAGUCGAUGGCUCAGAGGGCCAGGACUAUGGCUCUCUACAACCCCAUCCCUGUCAAACAGAACUGCUUCACAGUCAACAGAUCCCUCUUCAUCUUCAGUGAAGAUAAUGUUAUACGGAAAUACGCCAAGAGAAUAACAGAAUGGCCUCCAUUUGAAUACAUGAUUUUAGCUACAAUCAUAGCCAAUUGUAUUGUGCUGGCUCUGGAACAACAUUUGCCAGAUGGAGACAAGACACCUAUGUCAGAGAGAUUGGAUGACACUGAGCCGUACUUUAUUGGAAUAUUUUGUUUUGAAGCUGGUAUAAAGAUCAUCGCUCUGGGGUUUGUUUUUCAUAAAGGCUCUUACCUUCGAAAUGGUUGGAACGUGAUGGAUUUUGUUGUGGUCCUCACAGGGAUUCUAGCAACUGCUGGGACGGACUUUGACCUGCGGACCCUGCGAGCCGUCCGAGUGUUACGACCCCUGAAGCUUGUGUCGGGAAUUCCAAGCUUGCAGGUUGUCCUCAAGUCCAUCAUGAAGGCGAUGGUGCCCUUGCUUCAGAUCGGGCUGCUCCUCUUCUUCGCCAUCGUGAUGUUUGCCAUCAUCGGGCUGGAGUUUUACAUGGGGAAGUUUCAUAAAACCUGCUUCUCUAAUGAGACAGGUGAUGAGGUGGGAGAUUUUCCUUGCGGAGAGGAGCCUCCUGCCAGGCAGUGUGAGAGUGGGACCACCUGCAGGGAGUACUGGCAAGGGCCCAACUAUGGCAUCACCAACUUUGACAAUAUCCUCUUUGCUGUGCUCACCGUCUUCCAGUGCAUCACCAUGGAGGGAUGGACAGACAUCCUCUACAAUACAAAUGAUGCUGCAGGAAAUACCUGGAACUGGCUUUACUUCAUCCCUCUCAUCAUCAUUGGCUCUUUCUUCAUGCUCAACUUGGUGCUGGGCGUCUUAUCAGGUGAAUUCGCCAAAGAACGAGAGAGGGUAGAAAAUCGUCGCGCUUUCCUGAAACUCCGUAGGCAGCAGCAAAUUGAACGGGAACUAAACGGGUACUUGGAGUGGAUCUUCAAAGCAGAGGAGGUCAUGCUGGCGGAGGAAGACAAGAAUGCAGAAGAGAAAUCUCCUCUGGACGGGAGGGCCGCCUCGGAAGGGCCGAUUCAACAAGGCACGGCACCGGCAGAGACUAGCAGCGGCAGCAGCUACAACAUGUUGAAAAGAGCUGCAAUAAAGAAGAGCAAAAAUGACCUGAUUCAUGCUGAAGAAGGUGAGGACCAUUUCACAGACAUUUGCUCCGUGGGGUCUCCUUUUGCCCGUGCCAGUUUGAAGAGUGGGAAGAAUGAGAGCUCGUCUUACUUCAGGAGAAAAGAGAAAAUGUUCCGGUUCUUCAUUCGGCGCAUGGUGAAAGCUCAGAGCUUCUACUGGAUUGUCCUCUGCGUGGUGGCCCUCAACACACUCUGCGUCGCGAUGGUGCACUACGACCAGCCGGAGAAGCUCACCACUGCGCUGUAUUUCGCAGAGUUUGUUUUUCUGGGUCUGUUCCUUACUGAGAUGUCUUUGAAGAUGUAUGGGCUGGGGCCAAGAAAUUACUUCCACUCUUCAUUCAACUGCUUUGACUUUGGGGUCAUCGUGGGAAGUAUAUUUGAAGUUAUUUGGGCUGCAGUGAAACCGGGUACCUCAUUCGGCAUCAGCGUACUGAGAGCGCUUCGACUGCUGAGGAUUUUCAAAGUAACAAAGUACUGGAAUUCCCUGAGGAAUCUGGUGGUCUCCUUGCUGAACUCCAUGAAGUCCAUCAUCAGUUUGCUCUUCCUGCUGUUCCUGUUCAUUGUGGUGUUUGCUUUGCUGGGGAUGCAGCUCUUUGGAGGACAAUUCAAUUUCCAAGAUGAAACACCAACCACUAAUUUCGAUACCUUCCCUGCUGCCAUCCUCACAGUAUUCCAGAUCCUGACGGGGGAAGACUGGAACGCAGUGAUGUACCAUGGGAUAGAGUCACAGGGUGGUGUCCGCUCGGGGAUGUUCUCCUCCAUUUACUUCAUCGUCCUGACGUUGUUUGGUAACUAUACGCUCCUGAAUGUCUUCUUGGCUAUUGCUGUUGACAAUCUGGCCAACGCCCAAGAGCUGACCAAGGAUGAGGAGGAGAUGGAGGAAGCCACCAACCAAAAGCUCGCCCUGCAAAAGGCCAAGGAAGUGGCAGAAGUCAGCCCCAUGUCUGCAGCUAACAUUUCCAUAGCCGCUUUUGUAAAGCAAACUCGAGGUACUGUAUCUCGCAGCUCGUCAGUCUCCAGCGUAAAUUCACCCAAGCAGCAGAACUCCUCCAAAUCCAAGUCUGUUUGGGAGCAGAGGACCAGCCAGAUCCGGAUGCACAAUUUCCGAGCCAGCUGCGAGGCGCUGUACAAUGAGCUGGAUCCAGAGGAGCGGGUGCGUUACGCUACCACACUUCACAUCAGGCCAGACAUGAAGACUCAUCUGGAUCGACCGCUGGUGGUGGAGCCGAGGAGUGAAGGGAGGAACAACAUCAGCAAGCUGAGCCCUGUGGACGUGCAAGAGGUGGAGCAGACUAAAGUCAGCUCUACUGAUGGGGCAGAGGCUCCGCGAAAGCACCACCGACAUCGGGAUAAGGACAAACUGGGAGAGCAAGAGAAGGGGGAUGUGACUAAGGAUGAGAAUGGGGAAUCUGGUGCCAACAAUAAGGAGGAGCGGCACAGGCAGCACAGGAGCCGCAGCAAAGAGGUGGAAGGGGGGAGUAAGGAAGGGAAAAGUGAUCGCAACAGGAGUCAGGAAGGGGGAAAGAGGCACCAUCGCCGAGGGUCAGUGGAAGAAGGUGCCGAGAAGGAGCACCGUAGGCAUCGGACUCACCGGCACUCUGCUGAACGGCAAGGCAAGGAAGGCAACGGGGCAAUCAAUGGGGCCAGGAGUGAGCGGCGUUCCCGACACCGGGGAGGGUCAAGGUCUGGAAACCGGGAAGGAGAGCCCCGCUCCAAGGGUGAGAAUGGAGAAGAGCCUCACAGACGGCACAGGUUCAGGAACAGGGCUCUGUCAACGUAUGAUUCAGUGGAGAAGGAGAACGGGGAGAAGGAGGGGGAGGCUGGCGAGAAGGAGCACCGGAAUCAUCAGCCCAAGGAGAAUCAGUGUGAGAUUGAGGCUAGUGGAAGCGUGAGUGUCCCUGUGCACACCCUUCCCAGCACCUACCUGCAGAAAGUGCCCGAGCAGCCUGAAGAUGCUGACAACCAGAAGAACGUGACACGGAUGAUUCAGCCACCUCUGGACAAAACCAUCACUGUGAACAUCCCUGUCACUAUCACUGCCCCGCCGGGGGAAACCACUGUCAUUCCAAUGAACAAUGUUGAAUUUGAGGGUAAAACAGAGGAGAAGAAAGACAUCGAUGACUUGACGAAAAAUGGGCCUAAACCAAUCUUGCCUUACAGUUCCAUGUUUAUCCUAAGUCCUACAAAUCCGAUUCGGCGUCUGUUCCACUACAUCGUCAACCUGCGCUACUUCGAGAUGGUCAUCCUCAUAGUUAUAGCCCUCAGCAGCAUUGCCCUGGCUGCAGAAGACCCUGUCCAAGCUGAGUCACCGAGGAACGAUGCUCUGAAAUACUUGGAUUAUAUAUUUACUGGUGUCUUUACCUUUGAGAUGGUGAUCAAGAUGAUUGACUUGGGGCUGUUACUCCACCCUGGCUCCUACUUCCGUGACCUGUGGAAUAUCCUGGACUUCAUUGUGGUCAGUGGGGCCUUGGUGGCAUUUGCCUUCUCGAGUUUCAUGGGAGGAACCAAAGGCAAGGACAUCAACACAAUCAAGUCGCUGCGAGUUCUGCGAGUCCUAAGACCGCUGAAGACCAUUAAACGGCUGCCAAAACUAAAGGCUGUCUUUGACUGUGUGGUGAAUUCCCUGAAGAACGUCCUCAAUAUCCUCAUAGUUUACAUGCUCUUCAUGUUCAUUUUUGCUGUCAUUGCGGUGCAGCUCUUCAAAGGCAGGUUCUUCUACUGCACCGAUGAAUCAAAGGAGCUGGAGAAGGACUGCAGGGGUCAGUACCUCGAUUAUGAAAAAAAUGAGGUGGAGGCACAGCCCAGGGAAUGGAAAAAAUACGAGUUCCACUAUGACAACGUGCUCUGGGCUCUGCUCACGCUCUUCACUGUCUCCACAGGCGAAGGGUGGCCAACCGUGCUGAAGCACUCAGUGGAUGCUACCUACGAGGAACAGGGUCCCAGCCCUGGCUACCGAAUGGAAAUGUCGAUCUUUUACGUGGUGUAUUUUGUUGUCUUCCCUUUUUUCUUUGUGAACAUCUUUGUGGCGUUAAUCAUCAUCACCUUCCAAGAGCAAGGAGAUAAAGUGAUGUCAGAGUGCAGCCUCGAGAAAAACGAGAGGGCCUGCAUAGACUUCGCCAUAAGUGCCAAGCCACUGACCCGCUACAUGCCUCAGAACAAGCAAUCUUUUCAGUACAAGAUGUGGAAAUUUGUGGUGUCCCCUCCCUUUGAGUAUUUUAUCAUGGUCAUGAUUGCACUCAAUACCAUUGUCCUAAUGAUGAAGUUCUAUGAUGCUCCAGAAGCAUAUGAAGAAAUGUUGAAAUGCCUGAAUAUUGUCUUUACAUCCAUGUUUUCAAUGGAAUGUGUGCUGAAGAUCAUUGCCUUUGGUGUGCUGAAUUAUUUCCGAGAUGCCUGGAAUGUCUUUGAUUUUGUAACAGUGUUGGGAAGUAUUACUGAUAUUUUAGUAACAGAGAUUGCGGACAACUUCAUCAACCUCAGCUUCCUGCGGCUCUUCAGGGCAGCGAGACUUAUCAAGCUCCUUCGCCAGGGUUACACUAUCCGCAUCUUACUCUGGACAUUUGUGCAGUCUUUUAAGGCCUUGCCUUAUGUGUGUCUCCUCAUUGCAAUGCUCUUCUUUAUCUAUGCCAUUAUUGGCAUGCAGGUAUUUGGAAACAUUGCACUAGAUGAUGAAACCUCCAUUAACCGGCACAAUAACUUCCGUACCUUCCUGCAAGCCCUGAUGCUUCUGUUCAGGAGUGCCACGGGGGAAGCCUGGCAUGAGAUCAUGCUGUCGUGCCUGAGUAACAGAGCCUGCGACCAGCUUUCUGGCCUCACCAAAAAUGAAUGUGGCAGCGAUUUUGCCUAUUUCUACUUUGUAUCGUUCAUCUUCCUGUGCUCCUUCCUGAUGCUAAACCUCUUUGUGGCUGUGAUUAUGGACAAUUUUGAAUAUCUGACAAGAGACUCCUCCAUCCUUGGGCCCCAUCACCUGGAUGAGUUUGUCCGUGUCUGGGCUGAAUAUGACCCAGCUGCCUGCGGGCGCAUCAGUUACACAGACAUGUAUGAGAUGCUGAGACACAUGUCCCCACCUCUAGGCCUGGGAAAGAAAUGCCCUGCUCGCGUUGCCUAUAAGCGCCUGGUGCGGAUGAACAUGCCGAUCUCACCUGAGGAUUUAACCGUCCACUUCACGUCCACGCUGAUGGCUUUGAUCCGCACUGCCCUAGAAAUCAAACUCGCCUCAGGGGGUGUUAAACAGCACCAGUGCGAUGCUGAGUUGAGAAAGGAGAUCUCACUGGUUUGGCCCAAUCUGUCCCAGAAGACGCUGGAUUUGCUGGUGCCUCCUCACAAACCCGAUGAGAUGACUGUGGGGAAGGUCUAUGCAGCGCUGAUGAUAUUUGACUUCUACAAGCAGAACAAGAACACCAGGGAGCAAGUCCACCAGCCACCUGGAGGCCUGUGCCAGCCUGGACCGGUGUCACUCUUCCACCCCCUGAAGGCCACCUUGGAGCAAACCCAGCCCACAGCGUUCAACAACGCAAAGGCGUUCCUUCGCCAGAAGAGCUCAGCCUCACUCAACAACGGGGGUGCCUUGCCAGCCUCAGAGGGUGGGAUCAAAGAGUCCAGUUCUUGGGGGACCCAACGCACCCAGGAUAUGUUUUAUGAAACCAGGACACCAGCUUUUGAACGAGGCCACUCAGAAGAAAUUCCCAUUGAACGGGUGGUAGAAAUGAGGGAAAUCAGCCCCACACUUGCCAACGGGGAGCACCAACCAGGCCUGGAGAGCCAGGGGCGGGCAGCGUCCAUGCCGCGCCUAGCUGCCGAAACUCAGCCCAUCCCUGACACGAGCCCCAUGAAGCGCUCCGUCUCCACGCUGACCCCGCAGCGUCCUCACGCCAUGCACCUCUACGAGUACUCCUUGGAGCGCAUGCCACCAGAGCAAGGGCAUCACCACCAUCACCACCGCUGUCACCGGCGGAAAGAGAAGAAGCAGAAGUCCUUGGACAGGUCCCCCCACCAGCUGGCUGAUGGACAAGCUGUAGCCCAGUCUGGUGAGUCUUCUUCCAAGGACAAGAAGCAGGAACGUGGCCGGUCCCAAGAGAGGAAGCAGCACUCUUCCUCCUCCUCCGAAAAGCAGCGCUUCUACUCCUGCGACCGCUACGGCAGCCGGGAGCGUUCUCAGCCCAAGUCUGCCGACCAGAGCAGGCCCACCUCGCCCAACGGAGGGCCAGAGCAAGGUCCACACAGACAGGGCAGUGGUUCAGUUAAUGGGAGCCCCUUGCUGUCGACAUCUGGUGCUAGUACCCCAUGCCGGGGUCGGAGGCAGCUCCCACAGACUCCACUGACCCCACGCCCCAGCAUCACUUACAAGACCGCUAACUCCUCGCCCGUGCACUUCACCAGUUUCCAAACCGGCCUGCCCACUUUCUCCCCGGGACGCCUGAGCCGCGGCUUGUCUGAGCACAACGCGCUGCUGCGCGGGGACCAGCAGCCGCCCCCGCCGGCGGUGGCCCGCAUCGGCUCCGACCCCUACCUGGGGCACCGCGAUGACGCCGACAGCCCCUACUGCGUGGUGCCGGAGGACACGCUCACCUUCGAGGAGGCGGUGGCCACCAACUCGGGCCGGUCCUCAAGGACUUCUUACGUCUCCUCCUUGACCUCCCAGUCUCACCAAAUCCGCAGGGUGCCCAACGGCUACCAUUACACGCUGGGUCUCAACACGGGCCCUGGGACUGGCACCAGAGGACGUAGUUACUACCAUGAAGCCGAUGAGGAUGACUGGUGCUAGCGGCAUGGCAAAACCCUUCAAGGCAUGCGUGUUAAAAAUCGAUGAGUUUUAUCAUCUGGAAGGCUGCGCUCUCCGAUGCGCGCGGUGCCUGGGGCCGGAGGGAGGCCCAUGGGGCAGCCCCUGCCACGAGAACUGCUCUGCCCCUGGGUCUGGAGACACUCCUGCAGCCUUUCUCCUCUCGCCUUCUUUUUUUUUCUUUUUUUUUUUUUCCUCUCUUUUUUUUUUUUUUUUUCUUUUUCACUAGACAAAUCGAGGAAGAAGGCUCCCUCCUUAGGGGGAAGGCAGUGGGGGGAAUGCAUCUUUCUCUCCCCUCUCGCCUGCCUCCCUGUUGCCUUGUCUAGUUCAAAGACACGCACCAGAUGCCAAAUCUGCGACACAUGCGAGAAGCCGAAAGAAGAGCAGUCCUCACCCUCAACGGCAGAGAAAGCAGACUGUCGAUCCUUUUUGAGAUUGGCGCAGAUUUUGUUGGGCUAUUUCUUAAUUAAUUUGUUAUAUUUUUUCCCCGGUCAGGGUGGGAGUCGGGGGUUGCAAACGGACACGCACGAACAAAGAUCGCAUCCGCUUUUUAUCUCAUUCACUGCUAAGAAAGAAGUGAUCUACCCAAGAAACUGGGAGAGGAGAGACACAG